AUGGAGCACGACCUGAGCCUGUCCCAGUCGCUGGGUGGCCUGCGUAUCGCAAAUCCCGACCAUGACGGCUCUCCAGCGUCCUCUUCGAGAGAUCUCGCCGCAGACUCGGAACCGCGCCUAGAAGAUCUCCAUGCCUUCUAUCCUCCCUCAGCAUCAGACGCACCGUCACCCUCACCCUCACCUACGCCUGUCUCCAGAGAAGUCCGGUCCUCGACAGAUCCCCAACCACAAUCACAACCGCAGUCCAAAAGACAUUCGAUAUUCAAUAUUCUCCGCCGUGGAGACUCUGUUGUCGACCUCGCUCCGCAACCGCGCUCUCCUCCUCCACCCUCCGACCUCAAAUCCCAUAAUCCAGACUCGAGUAGCAGUGAGGACCCCAUAGCGAGAGCUGCGGCCGCCAAGGCGUAUCGACAGUCUAUGCCUAUGAAUCACCAAGCGCAGCAACAAGCACAAUUCCCUCCAUACCAAUCUAAUGCAAUGCAGAACGGCAGAGGAUACCCCCCUCCUGGGGCUUCACGCCCAAUUUCCGGAGUCUACUCUGCCCAUCCCCCGCCUAAUGCCAUACCUACCCGGGAGCCAGGCUCAUACCGAUUACGAGCCGAAUCAUCAAGGUCAUCAAUAUUAGGAAUGCCAACAAGAAGCGAUUCGAGGUCUGCUGCUACGGCAAUGCAGGCGGGUGUGCCUUCCCGGGAAGCAAGUCAUAGGGAUCGUUCGUAUAGCCAGAAUCAGCCAGUAUCUGUACCCUCAGGGAACACCCCGUUACCACCGAGAGGGAGUUCGACGAGAGGAACCAGUGGAGGUCAUAUAGAUGUCUUGCCUCCAGGCCCACCCAACGACAAAACCCAGUUGUAUGACCCCGACGGAAUUCCAUUGCCAAAUAGCAGCGAAGAAUGGAAAGACAAAGGGGCAGCUGUUGGUCUUCGAGAAGAGUACGAUGCCAACGGGAAACUAGUUUUGAAGCAGGUCAAGAAGGGAGUGAGGGAUUUCGUCUUUGGCCGGACACUGGGAGAAGGAUCGUACAGCACAGUUCUCCUUGCUACGGAUCGGCAAACAUUGAAGGAAUACGCGGUGAAGAUUCUAGACAAGAAGCACAUAAUCAAGGAGAAGAAGAUAAAAUAUGUUAACAUCGAGAAGGAUGCGUUAAAUCAGUUGAUUGAACAUCCGGGUAUAAUUCGAUUAUUCUACACCUUCCAGGAUAGCUCAUCGCUAUACUACGUUCUGGAACAGGCCAGCGGGGGUGAGCUGUUGGGGGUGCUGAAGAAGAUUGGUUCUUUUGAUGAAGAGUGCACAAGAUUCUAUGGUGCCCAGAUUCUUACUGCGAUAGAGCACAUGCAUGAGAGAGGAGUUAUACAUCGGGACCUUAAACCGGAGAACGUUUUACUGGAUGAUCAAAUGCACAUCAAAAUCACAGAUUUUGGAACUGCGAAACUACUUCCAGACCCGAGAAAGCCAGCUGGACCACCAAAACCUUACGAUCCAACAGAUGUCGAAGAAGAAUCCACACGGGCACGAUCUUUUGUUGGCACUGCUGAGUACGUUAGUCCGGAAUUGCUAACAGACAAGAGUGCAUGCAAAGCUAGUGAUUUGUGGGCGUUUGGCUGCAUCAUAUAUCAACUUUUGGCAGGGCGGCCCCCGUUCAAAGCUGGAAACGAAUAUCAGACCUUCCAGAAGAUUGUCGGCUUAGACUACGAGUUUCCCCCAGGAUUUCCACCGGCAGCAAGGGAUUUGGUGGAACGACUUCUGGUUCUAGAUCCGCAACGGAGGUUAUCAAUUGAGCACAUCAAGAAUCAUGAAUUCUUCGACGGGAUAAAAUGGGGCAGAGGACUUUGGAGACAGAAAGCACCAAGAUUAAAGCCAUACGUUCCCCCAACGCAGGAGCCGAGUCUCAUCAAGCUCAGUGGAUAUGGAGGUGCUUCAGCUCCCCAACCCAUCCCGACCUCAAGGGCACCACCACCUCCAAGCUCAUCGAACGGUAGUUCUCGGCCGCAACCCAGGGUGAUCACUGAGCUUCCUCCGCCGACCCAACUCGAUAUUGAGUGGUCUCCAGUGUUAACGAGGAACAACGAGCGGAUACUGAAAUUGGGGAAUUUGAUGGUGCUGUCCACUCCAGUGCCACAUAGCCCAAACUCAAAGAAUGGUGACCACGGCGAUGGUCACGAGAAGAAGAAGCUUUCGAGAUUCUUUGGCGGUAGCACAACCAAGAAACGGCAAAGGCUAGUGAUGGUCACUUCGAGCGGACGAAUAAUCAUGGCUGCGGCUGGAGGCGAUGAAAAGAAGACCAAGUCGGAGAUUUCACUCCUUGCUUCCGAGUGUACAUGGCGGACACAAAUAGACGUUAAGGGUCAAGAGAUCUGGUGUGUUGAUACACGAGGUGCGCAUUACACCUUUGAAGAUACCAAAUCCUCCGUUACAGGCGACCCCUCGAAAACUUCAGCGCAAGAAUGGAUCGAGUCUAUCGAGCGGGCAAAAGACCUAGCUCUUUCUCUGAAUACGGUUGGAUCAUAUAACAGCGAAAACGGCUUUGACCUGUCUUCUUCCGUAUCAAGUCCUAGCAGCACCCUUCACGGGAACAACAUCUACCCGGAAGGCUUCAACGUCACCGACCGAUCUGGAAGAAACCACUUGAGCAAAAGUCAAGCCAGCUUAGGACUGGACGAGCCGAGUGAGAAAGCGGUCAACAAACGAAACCGAUUCAGCAAAAGACAGUCCAAAAAUGGUCUGUCUACUCCAUUUUGA